AUGGCUUUUGCAAUUGGCAUUCCCAACGUCCGGGCCAGGCUGAAUCAGGACAAGCUGAGAGAGGAUGAUAAGCUAGAAGAAACCCUCGGCGCCACGAAGACUACUCCGAAGGGUAGCACCAAGGCCAGGAUGCUGAAUAUUGAGAAUCUGGAAGGGUUCAACACAGCCACACGGGAAGAAGAGCAGGUUGCUUCCAGCCUCAGAGCUAUCAUCGAUAGACGACUGACUACACGUAAGGUCAUGGGAUGCCCUGGUCAGGUGGCUGACCUCAAAAGGGAAGGCUCUCUAAACAGAGGUCAUGGUCGGGCCGUGGAUGUGAUGCAGAUGAGAGGAACGGAUAGGAACCCAUCCGUCAUGCCGCCAGACCAGGUAGACCUCCCCAUGCCCUGUCCAGAAUCCUACCGUGAUCAAGUAGGGCUCUUCAUACAUUCAUAA